AUGAAGGAGAUUCCCCUGGAUGACUCCGUGGCCUACAAGCACUCCUAUCCUUUGCCCGCCUGCCUUCCAGGAGCUGAAGACGGGCAGCAUGCUUUCGUGCUGCACCCCAGUGUUUUCAGCAUGGACAACGAAGCCUCUUUAAGGGAACCGCCCGCCCUUGACACGACAGAGAAGCUCCUCAACAACUUCGCGGUCGACGGGUUUGAGAGCACGGGUGAGCCGGUCCUCGUUCGAAUGCAGGACAGUCGAAUGCACGACUCUGGUGACAUCCCGGCUGGCAGUGUCUGGUUCUUGAAAGGGGCUGCCAGGGUGACUACGGCCAUUGCAGCUGUUGUUGCAUGCCACUUCACUGGCGAGCAGGUGCCGGAGGCUCUGAAGAAGAGUCUGGCAUGUAUGAAAUGCAAGCACAUCCGCCUGGCCGAUCGACAGCAGGAGUUGCCACUGGACUGA